AUGGAUGAUACUUACAAUGCAGUGAAAGAAAUUUUAAACAAGAAAGAGGAUUUCAUCCGACGUCAUAUUGUCUUGUCGACUUCCGUUAUUCAGCUGCUUAAAAAGCAUGACGUCAUAGGGCAGUUCACUUACGAUCAGAUGAUGGCGAAUGCAUCCAACACAGACAAGCAGAUGACAUUACUUCUCGUCUGCAUAAAGACACGUGGUCUCGCGUCGUUCCAGGGAUUUCUGCAAGUUCUUAGAAUAACGUUCCAUGGCUGGAUAGCAGAUGAUAUUCUCGAGUGUAACAUCGAUCGAUCAGCUGUCGUAACUUCCGGUCUUAUAACAGUUCGUGACGUCAUCAGUAAAGCUCACCAAGACAACCUGGCACAGAAAAACGCGAUUCAGGACUUUAAACUCGAACAAAAACAUAUCGAGGUUGAUAGCGGAAGGGUUAACAGCCGAUCCCCGAGCAGACGACAUGAAUAUACCUCUAUAAGAGAGCGCGAGAAAGAUGACAUAAGACGUUACCCGAAAUCUCGCAGUUCGGAGGUAAACUCGCCGAUUACGCAGAUUCCCGAGAAUCUACGGCAUUUACAGCGAACGUUCGAUACAGAAACCGCAUCUACCCGGAAGUCACUCGCCGUAUUGAAGCAAGAGGAAGUAACUAUCAAAGCGCUACUGCAACAGAACCUUCGGGAACAACAGGAUAUGCUGAUGAAGCAGGAAACGCUGAUAGAAAUCAAGUCCCGCAUUAAAGAGAUAAAUCAAUCGGCUGCGCAUCUUUUCAAACCGGAUCCAGAUAAAGAGGUAACUAGGCAACGGCUUCGUCUGCUACAAAGCGUGCCAUGGGAUGUCAGGGAUUGA